CGGAUGCCCAAAGCACUUUGCGCCCUUGCUCGUCGACGUCAACUCUAUCGGUAAUCAGGCGAGCGUUGACUGAGGGGAGUACCAUUCCGCAAGCAACAUCAUGGAGAAAGAGCCACAGCAAACCGCAGGCGUAACGUCGACCAAGUCUAGGCGCAAUGAUGGGAAGCCAGGCGAUUUAUCCCCGUCGAAUAGCCCGACAAAGCAGCAGUCACCGCUGCCAGGAGCUACUCUCCCUAAAGGAGGAGGAACUAUCCAAGGAAUGGGCGAGAAAUUUGACACCAACCCGGUCACAGGCACGGCGUCCUUGACAGUGCCUAUUCUGACAAGCCCUGGCCGUGAUGGCUUCGGGCCGACGCUGUCGCUUUCAUACGACUCCGGGAACGGCCACGGGCCUUUUGGCUUUGGCUGGUCUCUGGGCCUGGACUCCAUCACCCGAAAGACGAGUAAAGGGCUUCCACAGUACAAGGACGACAUUGAAUUGGAUGUGUUCGUAAUUUCUGGGGCAGAAGAUCUGGUGCCGGCGCUGCUCCCUGACGGAUCUCGCCACGAAGACCGGGCUUCGGUCCCAGGGUACGUCAUCCACCGCUACAAGCCGCGCAUUGAGGGCAGUUACCGUCGAGUCGACAGAUGGACGAAAUUGGAGGCGGAAGGUGACGUUCACUGGCGUGUUUACUCAUCAGACGACACAUUGAGCAUCUACGGGCGGUCGGAGAACUCCAGAAUCUUCAAUCAGGUAGCCCCAGAGCAAACAUUUUCUUGGCUUAUCAGCGACACACGAGACUGGAGAGGGAACGCGAUGACAUUCACUUACAAGUCAGAAAACGGGGAUGGAGUGGAUUUGAGCAAGAAUCACCAAAAGAGGCGAGGAAGAGCCGACGGCGUGAUCCGCCAGGCAAAUAGGUACAUCAAGUCCAUCAGGUACGGAAACAGGACAACCCUUUUAGACACCCAUGGACAACGAGUAGUGUUCCCUAGCCAGGCAGCACUCGACGAUCUGGGCUGGAUGUUCGAGAUUGUAUUCGACUACGGAGAACAUGACGACCAGAGUCCGACGCCAAGGGAAAACACACCUUGGAAACACCGACCCGAUGCCUUCUCGAGGUACACGUCUGGCUUUGAAGUGCGCACCGCUCGGCUCUGCCGAAGGGUACUGAUGUUCCAUCACUUCGAACACGAAGAUAACGUGGGCAUGGAUUGCCUAACUCGGAGCACAGACUUCAUUUACCUCACGAACGGCGUAGACGCCAACAUAUACUCAUUCCUGGCCGAGGUCGAACAGUCUGGUUAUCGCCACGACUCCCGCGAAGUGUCCGGGUACGUGAAGCGGUCCAUGCCCCGCCUUGAGUUCAAGUAUUCUGAACCUUCUGUGCAGGAUGACUUGCGAACUAUCGAGCGGGAGGCACUUGAAAAUAUACCCUCGGGCCUAGCGGAACCACAGACACGGUGUAUCGACCUCUUCGGCGAAGGUGUCUCUGGCAUUCUGACAGAGUUAGAUGGCGUAUGGUAUUACAAACGCAACAUUACGCCCAUCUCAGAACUAGUGCAGCCAGAUGGUUCCAGAGUCUCCCGUCCGAUGUUUGACCAUAUGGAGACAGUGCCAAGUCUGCCCAACAUGACCAACAUAGGCAACAUACAAUGGAUGGACCUCGAAGGAGACGGAUUCGUGUCGAUUGUGACGGACUCCGGCACGCUUGGUUAUUACCAGAGCUCUGGCAAGGAAGAGUGGGAAGCCUGGAGGCCAUUUGACUCUACUUUCAAGGCCAGCUUAGACAGUGAAGCAUUACACCUUGUCGAUCUGACUGGUGAUGGCCAUCCCGAUGCCGUCAUGACCGAUCAGUCUGUGUGGUAUCCAUCACUCGGCACCAAGGGAUUUGGCGCCCCAGAAGGCUUCACCAUUGAUUUAGAGGAAUGUGAGAACCCUUGGCAGCUGUUCAAGAGCAAGCCCCUAGCUCGGGUCCGUUUCUGCUUUGGCGAUAUGUCUGGCGACGGUAUGCAAGAUGUGGUGCUAAUCGGCAACGGAGAGGUGUGUUUCUGGCCCAGCCUGGGCUACGGCAGAUUUGGAGCGAAGAUCGUCAUGGACCAUCCACCGGAGUUUGAUGAUGACGACUACUUUGACCCGGAACGAGUCCUGCUAGGAGAUAUCGAUGGCUCUGGGACGACUGAUCUGAUCUACCUUCACCGUUGCGGGCCACGCCUUUACUUCAAUCAGUGCGGCAACAGCUGGAGCGACGCGAAAAUGCUUGCUUCCGCAACAAAUAUCUCCGCAUUCCUUGAUGUAUCCAUCAUUGACAUCCACGGAAAUGGAACCAGUUGUCUUGUGAUAUCGGAUCCGUUGCCAACAGCUGAGUCUCCGAUGCAGUAUGUGGAUUUGAUGGGUGGUGUCAAGCCCCACCUGCUCGUCGAGUUCGAGAACAACAUGGGCGCCUCAACCAAGAUUCACUACAGCACCUCCACCAAGUUUUAUCUUCAAGACAGAAAGGUCGGCAGGCCAUGGAUCAGUCGGUUGCCAUACCCUGUCGCGGUUGUAGAGUUCACCGAGACGUUUGAUCAUAUCAGUCGCAACGUUUUCACGAGCAGCUUCGCAUAUCACCAUGGCCAUUAUGACGGCGUCGAGCGGGAGUUUCGAGGCUUUGGAAUGGUGGAGCAAUGGGACACGGAGAACCUGUCACCGAUAUCUUUUCCAGACAGCAGCAACACAGCGGAAGAGUACAGCUUGCCGGCAACAUACACAAAGUCCUGGUUUCACCUGGGACUUUCAAAGGAUUUUAACACAAUCUCACGUCAAUAUGAGCGCGAAUACUUCCACAAUCCUGGCUGGUGGUUGCUGCCGGAUACAAUUCUUCCUGCCGAAGUUGAAGCAGCAGAAGAGUACGAUGCUUGUCGUGCUCUGAAAGGACGCCUGCUGCGUCAGGAAAUAUACAUGAAUGAUGCUCAGGUUGAUUCGUCCGAUGCUGAGAUCCAGAAAGCCAAGACCCCAGUGUCUUUCUCGGAGACAAACUAUACAAUCGAGAAGCUACAGCAAGGGUCAAGCAACGCUAGUGCUGUCUUUAGGGCGACACCGCGAGAGAUUUUGACGUAUCAUCUGGAACGCGAUGUGUCCGACCCGCGUAUCACCCAGCAGAUCAUCUUGGAAAGGAAUGAGUACGGCCAGAUACUCCGCGAGGUAGCCAUCGCAUAUGGCCGAGCCGACCAGGACGCUGCACUCCCGACUCCGUGGGACAGAGACGCUCAGACAAAGACCUACAUGACGUACUCAGAGAGCAAAGUCACAAACCCUAUAGAUGAUCCAGCGCGAUUCCCACAUGCUUACAGAGUGCCGAUGAACUGCCAGCAUCGGGAGUACGAGCUAACCGGAUUCGUACCGCCAGAGCCCGGCUCGCCAUUUAGCCUUGACCAGUUCUCCACAGAUAACUUCAAGCUUCUGGAAGAUGCCGAAGAGAUUCCGUACGAGGCACAGCCGGACUUGUCCAAGACCCAAAAGAGGCUCUUGGGUCUGUCUCGAACGAUCUGUCGAUCGGAUGACUUGGCAUCUUCUCUGCCCUUGGGCCAGAUGGACGUGUGCGGCAUUAUUUUGCAGAGCUACGGGCUAGUAUUCACGGCAGCCCUGUUCGAUAGUGUCUACCAGAGAGGCGGCCUGCCGCUCGUUCCGUCUAGAGACAGUGUCCUUACCAGUCAAGAUGGAGACGGCGGGGGAUACUACUCUAGCAGCGAGCUCAAAUCCUCGGAUCAAUUCCCCGAAGACGAUCCCUACGAUGGCUACUGGACUGGCAGUGGCUUGAUAUUCUACUCCCAGUCUGACGAUGUAUUGCAAGAGCUAAACGAUGCUCGAUCUAGCUUUUACAGCUUCAUCAGGACCCGAAACGUCUUCGGGGUAGAAUCAUCCGUGACGUACGACGAUUACACUAUGCUCGUCGUCGAGGCCGAAGACUCGGCAGGUAAUAUUGCAACCAUUGGCGAGCGAGACGGCGGUGGUAACAGGAUCUCCAACGGCAACGAUUAUCGAACGUUACAACCACUGCUCCUUACGGAUGCAAAUGGAAACCGAACAGCCGUAGCCACUGAUGCUUUAGGUGCAGUUGUAGGCUCGGCGGUGAUGGGUAAGGUUGGCGAGCCGGUCGGCGACACGUUGCAAGGCUUUGAGCCCGAUCUCCCGGAGUCGAUUGUCCUGGCACACAUGACAAAUCCCACGGCGGAUCCGAGGGCCAUCCUCCAUGGGGCUACGUGGAGGGCCGUGUAUGACCUCGGGGCAUACACGCGGACUAAGAGCUCAGGCUCUCCUCAGCCGGUAGCCUCGUAUUCUCUUUCCCGCGUCACUCAUGAAGAAGACUUGGCUGAGAAUGAAGAGCCUGAAAUGCACCAUGCCUUCUCGUACACAGACGGAUUCGGCCGGGAUGUUCAGACCAAGGCGCAGACUCGGCCCGGUCCGGUCGCGCAAAGGGACGCGGACGGUCGCAUCAUCUUUGACGAGGAUGGCCAGCCCGUACUGACAGACGAACCCUCCAAUCCACGCUGGAUCUCGAGCGGCUGGACCAUAUAUAACAACAAAGGCCUGACGGUUGCACAGUACGAACCGUGGUUCACUCACAUGCAUACCUUCGAAUUCGAUGUCCGAGCAGGAGUUAGCUCUAUUGCUUUCUACGAUGCCAUGGGCCGAAACGUGGCGACGGUCCAUCCGAACGGAGCGUAUACGAAGACAGUCUUCACGACAUGGACAUCGGAAGCGUGGGACAACAAUGACACGGUCGAACUAGAUCCGCGGACGGACACAGACGUGAAGCAAUACACGAAGGCAUAUUUCGCCACUAAGCCGACAUUUCAAACCUGGUUUCAGCAACGAAUGGCCCUCCCCGAGCGAGACCGUCGGAGACAAGCGGCCGAGAAGUCUAAGGUCCAUGCCGGCACUUGCGUUGUCUCCCACUUCGAUUCUCUCAGCCGGGUGUAUCUGAAGGUGGGGUGGAACAGGGUAGCAUGCCUAGACCACGAACUGGACGGCCAGGAGUGGAAACAGCAUACCCGUAUCGAAUUCGAUAUCCAGGGACAUGGUCUUGCUGUUCGAGAUUCAGAUACCAUGAAUGGCAAUGACCUCCCGGGUCGCAUUGUUGAGAUGUUUCAAUACGAUAUGGCUGGCCGCGCCAUGAUCCGAAGGUCAAUGGACUCUGGCACAACGACAUACCUGCAAAACGCUGUUGAAGAGCCCUUAUACCAAUGGGAUGACCGGGGCCAUCGACUCAAGACCGUGUACGACAAAGCUGGUCGCCAUCUACUCACCUCCGUGACAGGCGAUGUACAUUCUCCCAGCGGACCAACAACAGAAUGUAUUGUGAACUACAAAGUGUAUGGCGAGCAUCACCCCCGGGCGGCGGAACUCAAUCUCAAGUCGAGAACAUACUUGGUGGUCGACCAAGCAGGCUUGACAGUUAAUGAGAGGCGAGAUUUUAAGGGAAAUCUGCUCGAGAACUCCAAGCGCUUAAAUACCGAGUACAAGAAAACAGUCGACUGGAAAGGACUUGAGGCCAUCAUUCCUAUGGACAUGGACUCAGCGGCUUUCGUGGAUGAGGGAGCUCUGUGGUCCUUCCUCGAUUCGCAUUUAGAGCCGGAAGCAUUUAGGGGCUUCGCCUCGUUUGAUGCUCUUAGCCGACCAGUUAGCAUUACGUCUCCAAAUUCGAAUAAUGGGAAUCAGAGCGUGACGUUCUUCUCCUACGAGAUCAACAGUCUUGUGCAGGUCUCUGCCAUCAUACGUGGCGAGUCAGCCACUCCAGCACCAAUUGUCGCAGAUCUCCAAUACGAUGCCCGAAGCGUUCGACAGAGCGUCACGUACGCGAACGGCGUUACAACCACGUACAAAUACUCCAGCACCGGGGAACUCGUGAGGCUUCUCUCCACCCGGCCGUCGUCCGGGGGAACAGACGUCCUCCAGGAUCUACGAUAUACCUACGACCCCAGCAACAUGCGUUCCACCAUUGAGGAUGCAGCCCAGCAGACCGUGUACUUCCGCAACCGAGUAGUGGAGCCCGUGACCGACUACACGUACGACGCCCUCUGCCAGCUGAUCCGCGCAAGUGGCCGCGAGCAUCUGGGUCAGCCGGGAGGAUCCCCGAUCCCGUACUCGCACGAGGACUCGGCGAGAAGCGGACCACAGCCUGGCGAUGGUGGUGCCAUGGGGACCUAUCGUGAAGACUACGUGUACGACCGCACUGGGAACAUGAAGAAAAUGAAACACAGCGUCGAUGAUCCUCUGGCGCCGGGGCAUACGUGGACCAAAGUCUUCGAGCACAACGAGCCAAGCACGUUAGAACCAGCCAAGUUUGGAAAUCGCCUCACUUCGACUAGCAUAUCUAGUAGCGUUGAGCAGUACCUCUAUGAUGCUCACGGUAACAUGACUCGCAUGCCGCAUUUGGGAGGCUCCGCCGGCACGCCAAACGUGACAUGGAACUAUCUCGACCAGCAGAAGCAAGUCGAUCUUGGCGGUGGUGGCACGGCGUACUAUGUGUACGAUGCCUCGGGACAGCGAGUGAGGAAGAUUAUCGAGCGUAGCCCCAACCUAAUACAAGAGCGCAUCUAUCUGGGGGCCACAUUGGAGAUAUUCCGCCGACAUCAGUCGGGCCAAGUAACGCUGGAAAGGGAAAGUUUCCACGUGGGAGACGACGUUGACAGGGUGGCGCUCAUUGAGACGCGCACCCUCGACAUCAACGGGACUGACAGGGCUCCGCGCCAAGUCCACAGAUACCGGCUGAAGAACCAUCAGGGUUCAGCAACUGUGGAACUCGAUGACCAGGCGCGUGUGCUAACGUAUGAGGAGUACUCGCCGUACGGAAGCACCACGUAUGCCGGCGUUGAUGGCUCGUUGGAGCUUCCGAAACGGUAUCGCUUCACGGGCAAGGAGAGAGACGAGGAAACUGGCCUGUCGUACCACGGUGCCCGAUAUUAUGCCCCGUGGUUGGCUCGGUGGACGAGUGCAGAUCCUGGAGGGGGUAUGGACGGUUUGAAUCUCUACCAGUACUGCCUCUCCAACCCAGUGCAUUAUGUUGACGGGAACGGCGCCUCUCCUAGCUUAGGGCCGCCCGAGUGGCUCAGGGACAUCUUCAAGGGGCACGAUGCCCAGGAUAUGGUAUGGGAGUACGUCAAAACGAUCGAACAGGGUGCCGAGAAAGAAGUCUGGGUUGCUCGUUGGAAGGAUGCUGUCUUAAAGGCAGGCUUUGACGGCUUUAAACGACUCGACAUCAUUACCAAGGACGGCAUGAUCCAGGUCAAAUACAUCGAGUUGAAGGAUGCCGUAACUGGUGCCAUGAAGGACUCGGCUGUGCUGGAGAAGCGCAUCCUCAAUGGCGUCGCGGACGCCAAGGCCGAGGUAGCGGCUGCCAAAGAAUACCUGGGGGCAGCCGGGAAGGGUGGAUGGAUAAACGAGCGGCUCUCGAAGGUGUGGGCGGGCCUAAAAGGCGCGAUGCCAAAGCAUACCCUCGUCUUUGUCGUCGAAGGAGAAGCCAGCGAGAUAUUCCAGUUCGAGGGACUGGUCAGACAGACGAUGGAACGUGUGGCGAAAGGCCACGCUUACGAGGUCGUCCAAGGCACCGGCAAGUCCUUCGCCACCAUUGCCAAAGAGCGUGCCGCCCGAGCAGCGGGGAAGCUUGCCGAGGCAGCGGCAAAGGCGGCGGCCAAGGGCGUAGCGAAGAAAGCAGCCGUUGCUGGCGCCGCCUGGGGCCUUUCCAAGGUUGCGAGCAAGCUCAUACCCGGCAUUGGUCUGGCGACGGCGACACACGACCUCGCCACGGCGACGAAUUGGACCGAUCGGAUCAUCGCCGGGGCGGAGGUCGUGGGCGGUGUCUUAGAGUUCGUUCCGGGGUUGAACGCUGUGGGUAUGGGCAUCAACCUAGCCAUGCUUGGUGCUCGCGCUGGAGUCGCAGCAUACCGUGCUACCCAAGGUGAGGGCGACGGCGGAGAUGCGGGCCAGCCGGUCGAGAAGCCUGCUGCUGCCCCUGCUGAAGCUGCGCCCAAGACUACUACUCAGCCAGGACCUGUGCAGGCGGUCUCACCGGACCCGCCAUCUGUCGUUCGAGCUGGGCCAACGGAGAGCAAGGCUAGCGGGGUGAGGAUUGAGCUGCCGUCUCUGAACCCGAUGAGGGAUAUGAGGUCGAACGGAAACCAGCAACCCAACGGGCUUGAGCUUAGGAUUCAGUGGUAACUAGCUGGGCAUAAUUGCGCAGCAGUCACGAUGCUUAGCGUGGUGUUGAGGCUCCGCUGCUCACUUAGCGAAGGGCGGCG